AUGGCGUUAGAGAAGGGUCGCAAGUUUUCGACGGGCACUUCGGUGCACCGCAAGCGCCAGAUGAGCACCUUGGUCGAAACCGAGGGUCAUUAUGGCCCUGCUCUCACGACGCUCUACCUGGGUGUUGCAGCCGUCUUUUCCGAUGACCACACUGCAGUUGUAGCACUCGCCAUUCACGACACCGUCUACCUCGUGGACUUUUCGGUUAAGCACAUUGUCCUUGAUGACGCUAUGAAGAUGGGUGCCGAUCUUAUUGCCGACUACGUCAUCUCGGAGGUUGAGAAGUACGAACAUGAGAACUUCUCCAAGUUCAUCGGCGCCGGCCUGCCGAACCACGCUCAAGAGAAGUCAUUCUGGGAUGUCAAGCGCGUUGAUGAGCAGGCCGAUUCCAUGGCGCGGAAAUGUAUCAUGAACUUUGGGCCUUCCCUCGUCCCACUCCUCCAAGUCGGUUGGCGAGGUGUUGUCCAGACCGACGCUGGUUUCCGCGCCCACCUAACCACGGUCCAAAACCACAAGGAUACCUGCGGCAAUGCCACCUGGGAAACCAUGUUGACCUACGCCAAGAAACUCAGGGGCAACAAGACCAAGGUUGCGUUCUUCAGCUCGACCCCUCAGGGCGGCGGCGUUGCCCUCAUGCGGCAUGCAUUGGUCCGGUUUGCGCGUCUCAUGGGCGUUGAUUUGACUUGGUAUGUACCAAAGCCACGGCCUGGAGUGUUCCGGAUUACCAAGAACGUCCACAACAUUCUUCAAGGUGUUAGUCACCCGGACCAGCGCAUCUCAGCCGAGGAGAAGCAGGCCAUCAUCGACUGGAUUACGGAGAAUGCCACCCGGUACUGGUUCUCCGAGGGCGGCCCUCUGUGCUCACCCGAGGAUGGUGGCGCUGAUGUUGUUAUUAUUGAUGACCCCCAAAUGCCGGGUCUCAUCCCGCUGAUCAAGAAAGCCACUCCGGACCGACCGGUCCUCUACCGAUCCCACAUCCAGAUUCGGAGCGACCUUGUCGCCAAGACCGGUUCCCCCCAGGCCGACAUCUGGGACUUCCUCUGGAGCAACAUCCAAGGGUGUGACAUGUUCAUCAGCCACCCCAUCCCUAUCUUUGUUCCGCACAACGUCCCCCGCGAGAAGGUUGUCUACCUCCCCGCCACCACUGAUUGGCUUGAUGGUCUGAACAAGCAUUUGAACAAAUGGGAUUCCGGUUACUACGGCCACACUUACAAUAUCGCCUGCCAUUCUCAGCGCAUGACGGAGCUCAACUGGCCCGCUCGCAAGUACAUCAUCCAGGUUGCCCGCUUUGACCCCGCAAAGGGCAUUCCCACCGUGAUCGACUCGUACGCCGAGUUCCGCCGGCGAUGCGAGAAGGCCGGCGUGGUCGAUGUGCCCCAACUUGUUGUCUGCGGCAACGGUUCGGUCGACGAUCCCGACGCCAGCCUGAUUUAUGAUCAGACCAUGAGCCAGCUCGAGACCUACUACCCCGAUCUGGUCAAGGACGUGAGCGUCAUGCGGCUUGACCCCAAUGAUCAACUCAUCAACACCAUGCUAGCCAACGCACACGUGGUACUCCAGCUCUCCACCCGCGAGGGUUUCGAGGUCAAGGUGUCGGAGGCCCUGCACGCGGGCCGCCCCGUCAUCGUCACGGCAACCGGCGGAAUUCCGCUGCAGGUCAAGGACAAGGUCAACGGCUACCUCGUCACCCCCGGCGACUGGAAGGCCGUGGCCGGCCACCUGAUGGAUCUGUUUACCGACGACGAGCUUUGGAAGAAGAUGAGCCACGCCGCUGCCACGGGCGUCUCGGACGAGGUCGGCACUGUCGGGAACGCCCUUGGCUGGUUCUACCUGGCGGCCAAGUGGCACGAAGUCGGUGUUGAGAAGCACGGCAAGGGCGGCCUCAAGGGCAGCGAGAAGUGGGUGAACGACAUGGCCCGUGAGGAGGCCGGCUUCCCGUAUGCCGACGGCGAGAACCGCCUGCCGAGACACUUUACAGAGGUCAAGGAUGUCCCCGUGCACCUCAAGCCUGCUGCUUGA